CACACACUCCACCGAGCGCGCGGGGCAACCGGCUAACUCCACCAAUGCCGCCGCUGCUCACCCUCUCCUUCUCGCCGGCGCCGCUGCCCCCGGCGCCGUCCAGGGCCCGGUUCAGGGUCGCGGCCUCCACCGACGUCGGCGCCACCGGCCGAGCCGCCGCCGCCGCCGUCGCUAACGACUUCCCGCCGUUCCUGCCCAGGGCGGUCGAGCGCAUCCGCGACGGCGCCGCCCUCCGCCUCGCCAAGCGAAUCGAGCGCGUGCCCGUCCAGACUGGCUUCUCCAAGAGCCCGAUACCGAGCAGCUGCGUGAGGCCACUCAAGCAGCAGCAGAGCGGCGAUCCGGUCGUGCUGCUCCACGGCUUCGACAGUUCUUGUUUAGAGUGGAGGUACACCUACCCUUUGCUGGAGGAUGCUGGGCUGGAGACUUGGGCGGUGGACAUUCUUGGGUGGGGCUUCUCUAAUUUAGAAACAAGGCCACCGUGUGAUAUUGUGUCUAAGCGCGAGCAUCUUUAUCAGUUCUGGAGAUCCUACAUCAAAAGGCCUAUGGUACUAGUUGGGCCUAGCCUGGGUGCUGCUGUUGCCAUUGAUUUUGCAGUCAACUAUCCGGAAGCGGUAUCAAAAUUAAUCUUCAUCGGUGCAAGUGUGUAUGCUGAGGGCACAAAAGAUAUGACCAGAAUGCCUAAAUUUGUUCCAUAUGCUGGGGUUUUUGUACUGAAGAGUCUUCCUCUACGACUAUUCGCUACACGCUUGGCAUUUUACAAAAUUCCAGAUGGAUUAUUUGAUUGGGUUCAGAUUGGCCGUCUACACUGCCUGCUUCCUUGGUGGGAAGAUGCUACUGUUAAUUUUAUGAUCACUGGAGGUUAUAAUGUCCUAAAUCAAAUAAAGCAGGUAAAGCAAAAAUGCCUGGUAUUAUGGGGAGAGGACGAUGGAAUAAUUAGCAAUAAGCAAGCAUAUCGGUUACAGCAGGAACUCCCCAGCGCAAUUUUAAGGCAGGUAGGGCAGUGCGGCCACAUUCCCCAUGUCGAGAAGCCGAGGGAGGCGGCAAAGCAUGUGCUUGACUUCCUCGGAGGCGAUAGCGUGGACAAGGCGGACCAGGCUUCUUCCAUGUCAUCAACUCUGGUAUCAACACUGAGGACCCGGUGAACAGCACGCACAUGGCGCACUUCUACUGUUUAACGCUCGCCCAGCGAUCUCCUUGACUUAGGCAAAGCCCUGUAAUAAGCCCAGCAAGAUCCUGCCUGCGUUCUGGAGCAGCCGAGCUGAUCAACGUACAGGCCCCAAGAUCACCUCACCAGUGGGGAUGGAAAAGGUUGCACUGGACUAGAGAACUGGAACAGCUAGCAGAGGCAGAACACAUGUCUCUGUCUGUGCUCGUCCGUCACCUCCUCUUCUUUAGGUUGCUGGUUUAGAUUAUUAGCACGAGAAAAAUGUAUGUAUCGGUUGGUACGGCCACACGGUGGUUUCGAUCGAGCAUGCCCGUCUCGUUGUUGUAUCAACACAUAUGGUAUUGUCCAUAUGGAUGUGCGGGUCUCAUGCAGUGCUGCUCUGUUCUGGGGAAAUACAACUGAGUCUGCAUUCA